AUGGUAGAACAGCCGAUGAAACCGGUGGCAUCUUUGCUUUUAGUCCUGAAUUUUUGUAUGUACGCCAUUGUUCUCGGGAUUGGAGCAUGGUCCAUGAACAAAGCCAUCAACCAUGGCUUCCUUAUUGGUGCGGAUUUUAGUCUUCCGACUCAUUUCUCGCCAAUAUACUUUCCAAUGGGCAAUGCGGCCACCGGAUUCUUUGUGAUGUUCGCUUUAAUUGCCGGAGUUGCUGGAGCUGCCUCGGUUAUAGCUGGCGCCAGUCAUUUACAGUCAUGGACUACGGCGAGUCUUCCGGCAGCUGUCUCUGCAGCUACCAUUGCUUGGUCGCUCACACUUUUAGCCAUGGGAUUCGGGUGCAAGGAAAUUGAACUUGGAAUGAGAAAUGCUCGUCUAGUAAAGAACAAUGGAGGCAUUUUUAAAUGUCUUCCUCCCUCCGCGAUCACACUGUUUUUCACCACUGCGAUUACAUCCGCGUUCUUAAUCCUGCUGAGGGUAGUCGGGACAAAAUUUCAAGUAGAAUUAAAGACGUUAGAGCUAUAUGGCAAGCCAAGUCCAUAA